CGGCCCUGUCCUGUUUGCCUUGACCGGCGCCUAUAUACCGGGAUCAAGCACCAUUGUGCAUUUGCCGCGCUUGUCGCCCUGGUGUGCUUUCGUCCGCCGCUCUUUUACGAAUGUGCCGCCAUUGACACGAGUGAUGACGAUGGUUGUUGCCCGAGGCCUCUAUCUGAACUAAGUCAUCCCUGUCGUAGCCGCGUGAGCGCAAUUUCCAGAAGCGGCCUGCCCGAAACCCGCCCGACUCGACGUCCUUGACCUUGUCGCGUCGCCGUCGCAUCUUCUCCCCAUGCUUCAACGAGAAGGCUUCGUCGUCACCGAUAUGAGUGCGUCGGCCUCGUCGCCUUCGCUGCUCGAGCGCUCCAGCUGGAAGGCAGAGGCUAUCCGAAAGGGCAGUUUGAAAAUCAGCGGGCCCAUUCCCAUCACCGAGGAUAUCCCGCUCAACGACGAGGAAGAGAAGGAGUAUGCAGAGAAGAACGCGCAAAAAGCCCAGAAAGCCCAGGACCAGCAGCCAUUGAAGCCCCAAGAGGCACCUCAAGAAGAGCAGCAGCAACAACAGCAACAGCACCAAGAGCCUCCACCUCCGCCAAGGCCUGUCAAUUCCCCGCCCCCACUCCCAGUUUCGGAGCAUCCCUCUGCAUUGCGCGCAAAUCCUGUUUCAGAGCAGCCCGAGCAAGACGAGGAGGCGCGCGAGCAGCGUCCGUCGAGAUCGCCGCCGCAGAAUAUGCGUCUGUUGAGUGCUUCGCAGCGCCAAAGCCUGGCUCCACAGAGCACCCUUGCUUCUCCCACGCCUUUUCGGUCCACACCCGAAAGUACAGCAAAGACCACCACCACCCAGAAGAAGCGCAAGAGCGGGCUCAGAAAUGUUUUCCGCAAAAUGUUUGGUAAAAAGCCCGCCGAAACAGCGGCGCCUCCGCAAGAGGACGAUUCGACGCGCCGAGGCCAUAGCUACCACCACAGCGAUCCUGGUAUGCUGAGAUCAACGCCUCCGCCAGAGCAGAGAGAGGUUCCGGAAUCAAGGGUACCGCCAAAGGCGGCAACUCCCGUAGGACCUCGCAUCUCCGAUCUGCCCGUCAAGGAGCUCAAGCCGUUGCACCCAUUGGGCCAGCAUUUGCCGUAUCCCAUGAAUGUCAAUGCACCGCCAGUCAGUCCGCCACAGGAGUACCUUACUUUCGACGUGGCCAGAGCCGAACUUGGUCGCCGGAGAGCUACGCUUCCCACUGUGCCUACUGCAGCCGCGAAUCGCCACAGUCUGGACGAGUCAAGGCCGAAAAUGCCAGCGUGGGAGGAAAAGGGCGAAGAAGGUGGUGAAGUGUCGCCGACGAGGAUCGGCAUCGCAGUAUCCAGCCCGGGCCAGGGGACGUCAAGGCAACACAAACGCCGAUCCAGGAGUGCAGAUGCGCUCCAUAGCCUUGCAAAGGAGCUUGCCGCCAGCGAGCGGAGAAGGAGCGACGAGAUCAAGUACUGGAGGGAGAGCUACAUGUCGGGUAGCGUGUACAGUCGACCCGAGACAGCCAAGACGGUAGAAACCUUCCGCAGCGUGCAGACGCAAGAGCCGACCAUCCGGGAGCCAGAAGGAGGAGAUGCCUUCAACGAGAUGAGCGCCACAUUCGUGCAAGCCGACGAUCCACAUUCACCAACAUCGGUGACGGAACGGCAAAGGAAAGAGGAGGAAGGAGAAGAAGAUGCAGACGGACAGGCUUCGUCCGUCUCAGAUUUCAAUUUCGGCGAUUUCAAGCACGCCGUCUUCGGACCGCCGGAAGAGCCAGCACCAGCACCAGAACCAGAACGUGAGCCAACUUCCCAACUGCGCCAAGUCUCGUCGGCCCCACCACCUCUACCACCGCAAAGUGAUAAACGCCUAUCGUUGGAGGACCGUGUCUCGCACCUCGAAUCGAGAUACACGGUGCUCGAAACGCUUACUCGCCGCAUAUCGGCCACCACCAACAGACAGACCAUCAUCCUCGAGAAUCCACCCCGCACCAUGCGGUCCAGAGACCGAAGUGCAUCCGCCGCCUCUGCGUCGCGGCGCCAUUCAAGAUCCGCGCCGAGUAUCCACCAAGAGCCUCAUCGUCCUAGCACGAAUGAGGCAGUAGAAGCCGCUGCUGCACCGGCAUCACCCACAUUCACCUCACCCGCCCAUAUUGCCUCCAGCAGCGAAGAACGCGCCAGUGCCCUUCAAGACGUCUACGCCGCGCUCCAGGUCGAGCGGACCGCAAGGCUGGCACUGGAAGAAAAAGUCCAAACACUCCAAUACGACAUUUCCAAUCUACACACCCUGGUAAACAAGCUCAUUGCCAGCGGUUCUGCCGCAUCACCAUCGUAUCCCACGCCCUCUCCGGGCAUGCUCAUCAUGUCGUCCGAGGGCAGCGACCAGCGCAUGAACUGCGCCACUCCUCGAGCUUCGUCACAUGACCAGCGCAGCAGUCUCUACAGCCAGGCUGCCCAAGGUGCCCAGCAUGACUGGAGAAAUGACGCCGAGAGCGUCUACUCUACUGAUCUUCCUUCCCAAGACGGCGUCACAUCGCCAGACGAAUGGGCCACGCCAAAGGAGGAAGGCUUUACUGGAAGUGGUUUCUUCCAGCCCGAUGGAAAGGCCAGGCCGCAUUGAAGUGUUUUUUGCAUGAUGAGUGUUGUUACUUUGCUGGAUUGAUGAAGAGAGAGAGCUUCCUUGCCAGUAUUAUUCACGGCCUCUUGGAUGUUUUUUAAAAGAUACCCAUCGCCGGCGUUUUUGUCUGCUGGCGUUUUCUAUUUUUCAUUCUCAAACUUGUAUUGUCUAUUGAGCCAAAUUUUCGCCGUCC